UCAUAAGACGCUGCCGAGAAAACGGAAGUACAGUAACAUUACAGGCACAUUGAAUUCCUUUCUCAAUUGCUUUUUUCUUUUUUUCUUUUUUCGGAAACCAUCCUUUCCAAAAAAAAGGAUCUUACUUUCAUUAUGCGAAUUGAUGCUCAUACUGAAACUUAUUUUGUGGAAGAGGCGAGUCUGUGGACUGUAUAUGAGGGAGGCGCAGCCAACUCGUACUCACAUGGAGCAACGUGCCGACAGCUUGCAGUGCAGUAAAUGUUUGUGACAGAAACAAACAAGAAUUAAGAUAAAAGACAGCAUAACAGCAUAUUUUGGAUCAACAUGGCCACACAUCCCAUAGUCCAGGCAAUCAUCGACUUCUCAGCUGGAGCAAUAGGCGGUACAGCAUGUGUGAUGAGCGGUCAGCCCUUCGACACCACAAAGGUGAAGAUGCAGACGUUCCCCACAGCUUAUCGUGGCUUCAUCCACUGCUUCGUAUCCACCUUCAAGCAGGAGGGACUACGUGGUUUCUACAAAGGCACCACUCCAGCCCUUAUAGCCAACAUCAGUGAGAACGCUGUGCUGUUCUUGAGUUAUGGAGUCUGCCAGGAUGUGGUCCGCUCUUUGUGCAAGGUGGACAAAGGGGCCAAUCUCAGUGAUAUUCAGAAGGCAUCUGCAGGGUCUUUAGCCUCCAUCUUCUCCGCCAUGGCAAUAUGUCCCACCGAGCUGGUGAAAUGUCGGCUGCAAGCCAUGCACGAAAUGGAAAAAUCUGGCAAGGUCGCAGGUGGACAGAGAAGCACUGUGUGGACAGUAGUGAAGACAGUGUUGAAGACAAAUGGCCCCCUGGGUUUCUACCAAGGACUGACAUCCACCAUUGUGAGGGAGAUACCGGGUUACUUCUGCUUUUUUGGGGCCUAUGAACUGUGUCGGACCAAAUUUGCUCAGUACAUGGGCACGGACAAGGACAAUAUUGGUAUGCUUCCACUCAUGUUCAGCGGUGGUUUUGGUGGAGCUUGUCUUUGGCUGGUGGUCUAUCCCAUAGACUGUGUGAAGUCCAGGAUCCAGGUGCACUCUUUAACUGGGAAGCAAGCAGGCUUCAUGAAGUCCUUCUUGGGUGUUAUACGCACUGAGGGCUUUGCUGCUCUGUACUCUGGCCUGACUCCGACCAUGAUACGCACCUUCCCUGCCAACGGAGCUCUCUUCCUGGCUUAUGAGUUCAGUCGAAAGUUUAUGAUGGACACAGUCGGUUCCUCGUGAGGAGGAUCUCUACACUUGAUGCCAGUAUUCUGUUAAAACACUCUUUUGUAUUUGAAUAUCUUGUGAAUGAAAUGAACUUGUAUUUUGUGCUAUGCUGACCACAUGAAUUAAAAACAAUGUUUCAAUCAUAAAA